AACGAAUGCAGAAAGCUUUGUACGUUUUAGUGUUUGUAGUCGUCUUUGAAGAAGAGUCCAGGAAGAAGUCGCUAUUAAUUACCAGUCUGUUUGCUAGUCAGUCACUACUACUACUACUACUCUCAGGCGCCGACUACAACGAGGCUGGCCCAGAUCCGUUAUGUGGCGCGAUUUAUACGAACCAGAAAGAAUGCAGGCUGAUCAAGGAAGGUUACAAUGCCGAUAAGUGCCUUUUGCCUUUACGGUUCAUCUUGGUGUUUGAUGUGUGAAUAAAACUUGGACAUCCCUACAUCCCUACAUCCCUAGUGCAUGAUGACAAGAAAAGAAUCGAGUACGUCAUGUAAGUAGUUGGAUCGGAUCGAUCCAGUUGAUGCGUCCAUCUCUAAUGUUCGUCGUGGGAGGAAACGCCAUGCUUUGGGAUGUCACGGGAUGCUGAAUGGAUAUGGACACAAGGGAUAUGGACACGUAACUGAGAAGCUUUGGAAAUUCAAUUUGAAUUUCAAUUUGUUGAAAUAUUUUCAAUUCUUCUUCUUGAAUCCUCGAAAAAGUUUCGAUUUAUCCCAACUUUUUCGAAUUCAUUUCCUGAUGGUCCACUCUUUCUGACAUUCCAAAUAGUGCACUUUUCUCUCUGAAUCUAAACCUAGAGUCCACCCACAUUUGAAGAUGACACAUCAAGUAGGACUGUAAGUAUGGCUUGGCAAUAGCAUGGGAUGACUCACACAAUUAGAAGCUCCAUCUGAAAGAACUUUCAAUGUGAUACGAUCAAGAUUCUCAGAUAUUCUUCAAAGUUUCACCAAGUGAUUGCAUCAAAUGCACAUAAUGCAGUGAACUCUUAAAGUAGCAGUUUUUCUACAUAUUUCUGACAUCUGCAGCUUAAGAUGCAAACAACAUGUCGAUAUCUACAUUUUCUAGGAGCGUUAUCUUAGUUUUACAUUUGUACUCGAAACUACUGAAUAAAGCUGUAAAAGCUCUAGCUUCGGGCAUACUACAGGGAAUAGAUAGGUCGUUUCUGCAUCGAUAUUUGACAUGGAUAGGAAUUCGCUCCAUGAGAGAGACUGCGAUUUUUCCCAAUGGAUAGAAGCUGCACAGGAGACCAAGUACAUUUCGACAUGGUACAGGCUUCGUAUUACAACUAAAAGGGCAUUAAUUAUCACUGUCACUGAGUUACGGCAUAAAGUGACGCCACUUUCAGACGCAGCGCGACUGUAGGGCAUUUUGGGCUACGUGCCGAAGCCCGGCAACAGACUGCUUAAGGCUUGCACUAUGAUGUAUGAGAGGAGCGAGAUUACUAACAGA